AAGGGGGAGCCCCCCGACGUAAAGGGGGAUCACUUUCCCCUUGUGUCCGCCAUAUUGGACGGUAACUCUGGUCAGCGGCGCUGGGGCCGAGGGAGUCCCCAUUGCCGUGACAGUCGGUGCGCUCCGCUGCGCAGCGCCCGGGGUGGACCGUGCCCCGGCCCUGCCCGUCCCCUCCGCUCCCGGGCGCUCUUGGCGGCCCCGCGCUCCUUCCCCUCCUUCCCCUCCCCGCUCCCUCCUCCCUUGCCCGGGUGUCAGGCACGAUGAGUCCGGCCGACGCCAAACGCGGAGCCAAGCGCCGGAAGAACAAGCGGGGCGGCGGCCUCAGCAGCACCGGCGGGCCGGGACCCAGCGGCGGCGGAGGUGCCGGUGGUCUGGGCAAGGCCGGGGCGGCGGCGGGAGCGGCCCCUCUGAGGGCUGCGACCCAGGCGGCCGCCGCCUCGCCGAGCGCGGUGGGCGGCCUGCUGACAGCGCCGGCCGCCGGCAACGGAGCCCUGGGCGGCGCCGGAGCCGCGGCGGGACACGGCGAGGUCUCGGUAAAUGGUACACAGUUUACAGACAGUUCUGUGGGAUCAGAGUUCACAGGUGUCUCUCAGACACCAUUUACCUUUGGCUUGGGCCAAAGGGCACCGUAUACAAGUGGCGAGCAUUGUCUUCUUUGUAGAAGUGAACGAAAAGAUACCUCGCUUUCAGAGAGCGGAAUAAAAAACUCUAGCAAAACAGCACUUUCCACAUCUCCAAAAGCAAACAAUAUGCUGCAUCUUCCACUGUGGGUGUGUCCAGACUGUCGAAGAACAGUCGAAAAGGAGGAGAGGCAUGCUACAAUAGAGCAAUCUCUUGUGAGCCAAGAUUUCCUUUUGCACAUGCCCCUUGGAAACAGUGGAUCACAGCAGGAAUCUGUAGGAGGGGGAAGAAUAACUGUUGGUGCACAGACAGUGCCUGCUGCAGAUCUCAGCAAUUCCUCACCUUCAGACAUAGCAUGCAACUGUGAGGCCUGUAAUGAGCGCAGAGAAAAUUCAGCAGAGCCUGAACGUGAACCUCAGCAGCUCCAAAAUUACUGGUCAGAAGUAAGAUACAUGGUUCGAUGUAUAUAUCGCCAAGCUGGGACCCCUUUGGCAGAUGACCAAGACCAAUCUUUGGUACCAGAUAAAGAAGGAAUGAAAGAGCUGGUGGAUAGGCUUUGCGAAAGAGAUCCGUAUCAGCUUUACCAGCGGUUGGAACAGCAAGCUAGAGAAUAUGUGCUUGAAAUGAAGGUUCGUCUGCUCAGACACUUGUCACUGGGAUCUAAAGUUGCAUCAACAUUAGCAAUACAAGGGCCACCACAGGCACAUCAGUUCAUCUCACUCCUACUUGAAGAAUACAGUGCACUCUGUCAGGCAGCAUGUACAAUCAGCGCCUUCCUAGUUACGCUGGAAAAUGAACAUUUGAAGAAAUUUCAGGUGACAUGGGAAUUGCACAAUAAGCAUCUGUUUGAAAAUCUGGUGUUUUCUGAGCCACUCUUACAGAAUAGCUUGCCAACAUUGGUGUCACAGCUAAGGCUUGGAACAACACACGAUUCCUGUAGUGAAGAUAUGUAUAGUACCUUGCUACAAAGGUAUCAUCAGCUGGAACAGGAAAUGGGUCAAGUUGCUGAAGCAUGGCUUGAAUGCCAGAAAAGAAUAGAUGAUUAUGUUGAUGAACAGAUGGCAAUGAAAACAAAACAACGCAUGCUAAAGGAAGACUGGGAAUUUUUUAAACAGAGGCGUUUUAUUGAAGAGCAGCUUAAUAACAAGAAAGCACUAGCUGGGGAGAACAACUUCACAGACACAAUGAGACACAUGCUAUCAUCACGUUUGAGCAUGCCUGACUGUCCCAACUGUAAUUAUAGAAGAAGAUGUACUUGUGAUGACUGCAGUCUUUCACACAUUUUAACGUGUGGCAUCAUGGAUUCUCCUAUAACGGAUGAUAUCCACAUUAAUCAGUUACCACUACAAAUUGAUUCUGCUCCGGACUAUCUCUCUGAGAUCCGCCCACCCAGUAUGUCUUCAGCAAGUUCAGGAUCAGGUUCCAGCUCGCCUAUUACAAUUCAGCAACAUCCCAGACUGAUCCUUGCAGAUAAUGGUUCUGCACCAACUUUUGGUAGUGAUGAUGAAGAUGUUGCACCAUUAUCAGCAAAGUUUGCUGAUAUCUACCCACUGAAUAAUUACGAUGAUGCAGAGGUUGUAGCCAACAUGAAUGGAAUCCACAGUGAGCUAAAUGGCGGAGGUGAAAACAUGGCACUGAAAGAUGAGUCUCCACAGGUGAGCAGUACUAGCAGCAGCUCCUCAGAAGCAGAUGAUGAAGAAGCAGAUGGGGAGAGCAGUGGUGAACCACCGGGGACUCAAAAGGAGGAAAUGUCUCUAGGAAAAAGGACAUUGAGGAAAGAUGAAGCAAAAAUGGAUAGUCCACCACCUUCUUACCCCAGUCAGCAGGCUGACCAAGGUCCAAAUGCUUGUGAAUGUCACGUUUGCAAACAAGAAGCCUCAGGACUAACAGCCUCUGCACUUGCAACUGGACGCCUGCCUGCUGGCCACCAGUUUAUGAAUCCUGAAAAACCUGCACAUCCUGCACUUCAUCUUUAUCCUCACAUCCAUGGACAUAUACCAUUGCAUACAAUUCCUCAUCUGCCUCGUCCACUUAUCCAUCCCACCUUGUAUACAGCUUCUCCCUUUACACACAAUAAGGCAUUACCACCAGCUCCAGUUCAGAAUCAUACAAACAAGCAUCAAGUAUUCAACGCAUCUCUCCAAGAUCAUAUUUAUCCAAGCUGUUUUGGGAGCGCUCCAGAUUGGAAUAGCUCUAAAUUUAUAAGUCUUUGGGGAUCAGAGAUGAUGAAUGACAAGAACUGGAAUCCUGCUACAUUUUUGCCUGAUACAAUUCCUGGGAGUGAUAUUUUAGCACCAGCACUCUCGGAAAUAAGACCUGAAGCACUUCCUACUACGUCUAGCAAUGAAGCUACAGCAGUUACUGACAGCAAAGAGAAAAAAAAUGCUGCAAAGAAGAAAUGUCUGUACAAUUUCCAGGAUGCCUUUAUGGAAGCUAAUAAAGUUGUCAUGGCAACCUCUUCUGCCACUUCUUCUGUCUCCUGCACAGCAACUACAGUGCAGUCAAGCAGCAACCAAUUCAAAGUAUCAUCCAAGAGACCUUCAUCCAUAGGUGAAGUGUUCCACAAUAUUAAUAAAGAGGACCAUAGACAUUCUGCACCAGUUGCACCACGAAAUAGUCCUACCAGUUUAGCAUCACUUCCUUCACUGUCUCCUGCUGCACUGUCUCCAGCCUCUACACCACAUCUUCCAAAUCUUGCUGCUCCUUCUUUCCCCAAAACUGCUGCAACAGCCCCUGGAUUUGUGGAUCCUCAUUCAGCUCUUUGUCCUACUACAGUUGCACCUCCUACUUCAACCACAGACAGCUCUGUAAGUGCCCCACCAAGUGUCUGCAGUGAUCCCGAUUGUGAGGGCCAUCGCUGUGAGAACAGUAACACCUAUGAUCAUCAACAGUACGAUGGAGAGGAGAGCCAAGAUGAAGACAGCUGUUCAGAGCAUAGCUCCAGUACCUCAACAUCCACAAAUCAGAAGGAAGGAAAAUACUGUGACUGCUGUUACUGUGAGUUCUUCGGCCAUGGAGGACCUCCAGCUGCACCAACCAGUAGAAAUUACGCAGAGAUGCGAGAAAAGCUUCGUUUACGUCUAACAAAAAGGAAAGAGGAACAGCCGAAGAAGCCAGAUCAGAUCUCUGAAAGGGAAAGUGUCGUUGACCAUCGAAAGGUGGAAGACUUGCUACAGUUUAUAAACAGUUCUGAAACCAAACCAGUAAGCAGUUCUCGGGCAGCCAAGCGAGCCAGACAUAAGCAAAGAAAGCUUGAAGAAAAAGCUCGACUUGAAGCUGAGGCCAGGGAGAGGGAGCACCACCAGUUGCUUGAAGAACAGAGGCGGCGCGAGGAAGAGGAAGAAGAGAGGCUGAAACAAGAAUUACAACGGCUUCAAGAACUUCAGCAGUUGCGGGCUGUAAAGAAAAAGAAGAAAGAACGAACAGGUAAAGACUGUCAGAAGGUGGACAUGCUUACUCGAAACUGCCAGGCAGUGAAGGAAUCUGUCCCAAACACACCUGAAGAUAUUCAGAAUGGUACACUUGAGCAAUCAGAAAAGAUAGAAAACUCCUCUGGUUCACUGUCAAGACACGUGAAUCAUACAGAACAGAGGCCGGUUUCAGAGACAGGCUGUGAACUAUCCAAUCCUGUAAACACUAGAGACUCAAAGCUGCUUUAUCAGAAAGAAGGGAACGUAAAGCAGCAUGAGCCCCUCUCUUUUCUGCUUGAUAUUAUGCAUCAACACAAAGAAGGAAACAGCAAACAGAAACUAAAGCAGAUAAACAAACCGUGUACUGAACAAGUGAAAAAGCCUGUUGAAUCCCCCAAAGCAGCUGAGAUCCAGACUAAAACCAGAAACCAAAUAGAAUCCAAAGCAAAAGCAGCAGAGCUCCCAACACUUGCAGAACCUAAAAAAGAGGAGAAGAAAUUGAACAAUAACAACAAAAAACAGUUGAAUCAUGUAAAGGAAGAGAAAGCACCUGUAACAAGUGAAUCCCCUUCACCAAGUGAGCAGCAACAAAAUAAUAAGCUAAUACUUGCAGAUUCUCCUCAACCAAAAGGCAAGAACAAGAAAAAUAAGAAGAAAAAAGGGGACAAAGUCAACAAUUCAAUUGAUGAUGUGUUUUUACCCAAAGACAUUGAUCUAGACAGUGUGGAAAUGGAUGAAACAGAGCGAGAAGUGGAGUAUUUUAAAAGAUUCUGCUUGGAUUCUGCCAGACAGACAAGGCAGAGACUUUCCAUCAACUGGUCCAAUUUUAGCUUGAAAAAAACCACCUUUGCUGCACAUUGAAAUGACACAAUAUGGGGAGGGAACCCUGCAGGAAUCAAUGAACGACAACUCCACUUAUCUGUCCUGCUGUGCUGAGAGCUUACCUGGUCUUGAGCCAGUGCUGCCUUGCCUUGUCCCCAGUGCUGUGUGGAUCUGCACUGAACCCUUUGGCCUGAUAAUUCUUGCGGACUGAAAAAUUGCCACUUUCUACCUGAAUUUGUUAGCUUGUGUGCUUGUAGUCUGUGAGUGAGACUUACUUGAUUGUAGCUGUAUGCCGUUGGAGUUGGAACAAUAGCUCUUUUCCAUCUCCUUCUGAAUGCCUUGGCCUCAGAGACUUUAAAUUGCUUAGGCUUGGGUGGAGGCCAAAAUACUAGUUUGCAUCAUCUGCAGUGGCUCCUGUCACUUCUGCAUCUAGCUAUGUUUUGUCAUUCUGACUCCUGACAAAGGAAUGGACCUAGUCAGUUGUGCUUUCAUCUGCUCCAGAAUUCUCCUGACAUGACUUCAUGAAAAAGAGGCUCUUAUGGGACAAGUAUUUCCUCAGUUCUUUCACAAUCUACUGUUUAAGAGUGUACAAGUUACGCUAUUUGUGUUUUGAUUUUUUUUCCUGACUUGUAGCCAGCUUGUGUAAGAAUACUUGCAGAAUGAGAAAAUUUAAAAAAGAACAGUACUCACACUAUCAAAUCUGUUAUAGAGUGUAUAAUUGUAUUAACACUGAAGCCUAACUGGCUACUUUUUUAACAUAUUGUUAAGUAAUAUUAAAAUCAUGUCUUUCUUUUUGAAAGAUGGAAUACAUUAGUAUGGCAGAAGACUUGUGUCUUGCUUUUUUCUGCUCGGGUGGGGAAAGGGAAGAAGAAAAUGGUAUUCUAAACUAUGUUUCAUCUUGUGUCAAAAUCAGUCAGUGAAUGCUACUUAACUUUAGCAUUUUCCUUGUUUGACAGCUCACCUGAUAGGAAAAACUGCUAUCUGCUAGAGCCAGAAAAACUCCUGCUGAAUGCUGGAAUUAAGUUUGUGAAUUCUGUGAAUUAAUGUAAUACUUCUAUUUCAGGAGAUAAUUUGUGAGAAACAUGGUAAUACAAAAAUUUCCAAUUUGAUGUCGGUGCAGAAGUGAAGUAGGUAGGCACAAUGCUACUAUAAUGUAAAUAGCUAACAAUAUAGUAAUGUUUUACAGGUUGCGUAGUAUUGCCCAGUGUGGAAGAAAAUUGGUAAUACAGGAUUUUGAUCUGUGUAAAGAUACUGCACUUGUAGAAGUUUUUCUGACACUGCACUAUUUAUUCAGAAUAGAAACAACAGAAGCUUUUCUUUUACUGCCAGAUGACCAUAUUACCCAAAUUAUAAGGCAGUUUUCCAUACUUUAUUCUUUUUUAAAGAAAAUAGUACUUCCACUCAGCACAUACUCGAAAGGACAAUACAGCUUCAAAGUUCACUAAUGUCCUUUUCCAGAACCAUUCCACAUUUUUCUUUCUUCUUGCUAACACACAUUUUUCUGUGAUACACCCACUGAGCUUGGGACUGCUUUGCAAGACACAGUGUAAUUACACUCAGCUUUGGACUUGAGAAGGUUUGCUUCCAUGUUUCACAUGAGGCCCAGAUAGCUGCCUACAGACUUCUGAGGUAUCUACAGCUUCACAUCCCUCUUGUUGGUCCUGGAGCUCCUAUCCCAGUGUAUGCUGCUGGUGCAAAAAGUAGUUGCUCAUCUUAUACCCAGCCAUUGCAGGCAAAUGAGCCCUCAGCCUCCUCUUGCAGAGGAGGGAAUGACAAUAUCUGUUCUCAAAAUACAGUUCAGUGAUGUAAAGGGGUCAACUUCUGUUAAUUGUCUUCAGAUUCAGAUUGAGGAAAGGAUUAAUAGCUUAGCCUCACUUUUUUUGCCAGUGCAGUAUUGUAGCCUGUGUAUUUAUCUGCUUGUGCUGGAGGAAUAGCAUCUCAAAGGUAAUACCUAUGCCAUUUAGUGCCAACUGUCAGCAAACCCAUGUACUGUUGAAAGUACCUCCAUCAUGUAGUGAAGAAGAAUGAGCUUUGUUUCUUGGGAUCAUGGAGGCUUGCGUCUGUUGCAGCCUGAGUUAUAUCUUACUUAUGUAAAAGGAGAGGGGCUUCUUCUGUGGGAGAGUGGCUGGGGGUGGGAAAUGCUGUAGAACAGCUGAAGCUGGAUGUUUGUGGGAAGUGCUUCUCAGGCUGCUUCAGUUCUAAACCAUAGCACAAGGUGGCAGUGUAUGUCAUCACUAGUUAUUUCUACAUCAGUUAUCAUCAAAUUGACGCAUGGGAUGGAAAAAACUAGUUGAUGUUACAUGGGCAAAUAUUGGUGUAGAUCCCAGCCACUCUAGAAUAGGAAUGCUUUGAAAGUACUGAGAUUUUUAAUGGUGCUAGAAAACUCAUUUCAUAGCAUUUGUUUUCACUAGUAAAUGGGGAAGAAAAUUGCCUUUAUUCUCUACUAGCAAAGCUGUUCAAAGAGUGAUACAUGAAUAUGACUGCUUUUUAUUUUGAAAUCCUGGGUUAAGACAACAGAAGCCCUUUUUACAUUUGAGGAAUACAUGUAUAUGUGUGUGUAAUAUCCUUCAAAGAUACUUGCCUUGUGCUUCACCAUGGUAUAUUAGUACAAUUGACAUAAUUCCAGAUGCUACUCAGAAAACAUGAAGAAUGAGUCUCCAUGGAUCUGCAGUUGUUGCACUCUGAUGAGAACUUACAGG